CACAAUCAAGAGUAACGUCAUCGAACAUGGCAGACACGUCAGAUUAUCCGAGAGGGGAAUCAUUUAUGGAUCCUUUCAGGGGAAUAUUAGUGGCAUAUUUUAUGCCAGAAAAUUGCUACGAUAAGUUCUUUCUGGAUUUCGACUUUCUGGACGUACCAUGUCUGAAGAUUGCACUGAGCAAAGCCCUGGGGAUCGCCAUCAUCCUGGGAUCAGUGCUGGUGAAAUUGCCUCAGAUCAUAAAACUGAUGAGAGCAAAGAGUGCAGAGGGGCUGAGCUUCAACUCUGUGCUCCUGGAGCUGCUGGCCAUCACUGGAACAAUGGCCUACAGCAUGUCCAACAAGUUCCCCUUCAGUGCCUGGGGUGAGGCUCUGUUCCUCAUGCUGCAGACGGUCACCAUCGGCUUCCUCAUCCAGCAUUAUGGAAGGAGAACCGGCUUAGGUCUCUUGUUUCUGGUGGUAUAUUUCCUCCUGCUGGGCGUCCUCCUGUCUCCAGUCACUCCCAUGUCGGUGGUCACCAGCAUGCAGGCCUUCAACAUGCCAGCCAUCAUCAUCGGCAGGCUGAUCCAGGCUGCAACCAACUUCCGUAACGGACACACGGGCCAGCUGUCUGCCAUCUCCGUCUUCCUGCUGUUCGCCGGAUCGCUCGCUCGGAUCUUCACCUCCCUGCAGGAAACCGGGGAUUCGCUGAUGGCUCUGACGUAUGUCAUAUCCUCUACAUGCAACGGCAUCAUCACUCUGCAGGUCCUCUACUACUGGAACAGCAAACCUGAACACAAGAAGAAGAAGAACAAGAAGAAUAAGAGGGAGUAAACAGCCGACAGCUGUAGUGUUGUUUAUGAGAGGUUUUUCCAAUUUCUCUUCUUCAAAACCCGAGGAGCUCACAGACAGCGAGCGGAGCAGCACUAACGUCCCAUUCCAGGAAGAGAUGAAGUUUCCAGACCAGAGUGAUGAUGUGUAGCUCCUGGCUACAUGACUGUCAGCUGGGGUCUGGACCGCUCUCCCAUCAUCACCCAGUGAUCACAUUCCAGGGAAACAUUCCUCAUCACGACAACCUGUUCUGACGAUCAGGAUUAAUAAACGCAAAAGUUCCGUGUGAGCUUCUAUGUCCGUUUGUUUUCCCACGUAAAAUCCAAUUCUGAUUUUUUUUUAUGAUUUUUUUUUUUCUUUUGUUAAUUGAAAUCUUGAUAUGUGCUGAAAGAGUAUGAAUAUUCAAUUUCCAAAUAACUGGAGCUGCUGCUGCAGUUCCAGCCAGUUUUUCUUUUGAAUCUGAGGUAAAAAGCUUUAGAAUCAAUGAACUGAAACCACGUCUGCAGCGUUUCACACGCCGCCGCUCCGCUGGCGUGUAAUCAGUCCCGACAUCGUUAUGUGCAGUAGAGGAAGUUCUGCGUUGGAGAAGUCGUAAAGCAGAGCCGACUGCCAGGAAGUGAAUCAUCAAACUGAAGUGGAUCCUGAGUCCGGUCGGUGAAAAGACCGGUUUGGUUCUGACCCAAACACCUCUGACUGAUUUAUGAUCUACUGCACUGCUUCAAUAUAUGAAAGCAUAAUUGAAAUUGAUCUUAUUGCCGUUUUUCCCAGUUUCUUUGGUGCUUUUCUAAUUUAAAUUAGUUUUUUUUUUGUCCUAUUUAUUUGUGUUACCAUGGAGCUCAGUCUGACAGACAGACAGAUGGAUACAGUUGAAACCAGAAGUUUACAUACACUACAAUAAAACAAGAUACGCAUUUUAAACUUUUGACUUUGAAGAAAGUCAUAGAAAUGGCCUUUAAACGUUUUCUCUCAUUCUGGCAUUUAGCAAAUACAAGAUUAUUCUGAUUUUAUAUCGGCAAGAAAAAAAAAAGUGAGAUUCUGAUUUCAACAAUAGAUCCUUUUACUCUCUUCUCUUAUUUGAUGCAUUAAAUUCAAUUACUACUUUAUUUUGUCCUUUAUUUGCAGCAAACUCUUCCUAUGUGAAUUUCUGUAGAUAUUUCUUUUUUCAGCUUUUUCUUGUCUGAUGGAUUUUUCCCGUCCGAAUUCUAAUAUACCGAGAUCAUUUUUGACUGAAUUGUGCAUUCUUUUAUUGGACCUAAAUUCAACUCUGUUUUUUUAAGCAAUGCUUAUUUCUGUCAUUUACGUGCAUUGUACAUGCGUUGGUAGGUUGAUGUAUUGCAGAUUCAACCUCACUGUGUCUAGGCUGAACAUUUCUCCAUGGGUUUUUAUGACACAGCUUUCCCAGUGGCAGCAUUCCUCUAAAUGUCCCCGUCUUUCUCAGCAGGAUCUGUUUCUAAUUCCUCCUCUCCUACCUGCCAGAGUUUUCACUUAAGAAGGAAAACAAGAGCUGCUCAUGAAUAAAAGUUUAACCUA